CAAGGAUGGGAGGAGAUGUGGAUGUUUGGGGCGAGGGAGGAGGCCAUUGUGAAUGGAUACUGGAUGAGCUGAAGGCAAUGAAAGGUCUAAUCCUGGUUUAUGAGAUGGAGUCCGAUGAAUUGAGGAUCCGCUAUUCCUGCCGCGCUUUGCUUUCACCGAAAAAUAUGCAUCGCUGAGAUGAUCUGAUCAUGGUUUCUUUCUUGCUGCCCCCAGGUAGCCUUCCCAAAGCUUCCCUUGCAGACAAAGUUGCCCAUGGAUCCCUCUGAAUCCUCAGGAUCAACCGCCGCAGAAGAUUCCAGGAAUCUCUCUGAGGUGGCCGCUCCGCCGCCCUUGGAGCAUCAGCCCGAACACCGCGCGCCAGAUCAGACGCACAACCAGUUCCUGGCUCAGCAAGCGGAAAAGCCCAGAGAACUUGGGCCUGCAGAAUCUACGGUUCCUCAGCCCGUCACAGCGGAGGAUCUGCAGCACCAUCACCACCCAUGGACCGAAGCAACAGACCGUGGCUACGACGAGGGCUACGGCCAUGAGAACGCCCCUGGUCCCGGAGUCGAGCAUCUAUCUGGACCAGCCCAUGAGAAACCGCCCGAGUCGAAACCGACCGAUGUCCCCGUGCCGUUGUCGAAACGUGCCACCCAUCUCUAUACCGUCUCCUAUCUCGUUUUUUUCUCCGUCUGGGGCACGCUGGCUCGUCUCGGAAUGCAAUCGCUGACCUUCUACACCGGCGCGCCCGUCGUCACAAGCGUGCUAUGGGCCAACGUGGCUGGGUGCAUCGUUAUGGGAUUCUUCCUGGAGGACAAGAACCUUUUCAAGGAGGAAUGGGGGGAUGCCAAACACCGACCCCCUCCGUCGGACGAGCAGGAGGAGAAGGAAAGAAUCAAGGCCCACAAAUCCGUUAAGAAGACCAUCCCCUUGUACAUCGGGCUGACCACCGGGUUCUGCGGUUGCUUCACGUCCUUCUCGUCGUUUCUCCGCGACGUAUUCUUGGCGCUGUCCAAUGAUCUCCCAAAUCCAACGCGGGCGACCAUUUACCACCGCAAUGGCGGAUACAGCUUCAUGGCCAUCAUUGGUGUCAUCAUCAUCGAAGUCUCUCUCAGUCUGUCGGCUCUCAUUUUCGGUGCGCACCUAGCCCUCGCAUUGGCGCCGGUGACACCUACGGUGCCCUUCAACUUCACACGCAAAUUCGUAGAUCGCAUCUGCGUCGUCCUCGGCUGGGGCUGCUGGCUCGGCGCCGUCUUCCUGGCCAUCUGGCCUCCUGAUCGACACCAGACCACGGAGACCUGGCGCGGACGGGCCAUUUUUGCGGUCGUUUUCUCCCCGCUGGGCUGCUUGUUCCGCUUCUACAUCUCCCUGUACCUCAACCCGCGUCUCCCGACUUUCCCACUGGGAACGUUCGCGGCCAACAUGCUUGGGACUAUCAUCCUGGGUAUGUGCUAUGACUUGCAGCAUGCCAAGGGCAUCGGUGCUGUCGCGACGGGGGGACUGAUUACCAAGUCCCUCUUGACGAGCUGCCAGGUGUUGCAGGGCGUCAUGGAUGGAUUCUGCGGCUCCGCAACAACGGUGAGCACAUGGGUGUCUGAGCUGAACGGGCUCAGCUGUCGCCGGUCGGCGUAUUUGUAUGGAAUUCUCAGUGUGGGAGUGGGACUGGGGUUCCUGGUGGUGAUAAUGGGGUCGUUGAGAUGGACUUUGGGGUUUGUGCACCCGGCGUGUUGAUUGCUAUGGCAAUGCAGGUAACCCAUUAACAUAUAAGCGGAGGGAGUUAUAAUAUUAAUGUAAUAUAAUAUACAGAUGAUAUCGCCUGUCCAAGCUAAGCAAUCAGUAUUCACUCAAGAUAGAAACAUGCUCUUGUCAGCUCCAUGGAAUGUACCAG